AUGGCAGAGCCCGUACCAUCAGCUUCCAAUGUUACAGCCGAAGCGGCAGCGGACAAUGAAGAAGAGGCCUCGAGCCACCUUCCUAAGAAUGCCGAAGAUCGCAAAGCCGCAGCCGCCCUCAAUUCACUGAAUGCGAACGAGAUCACGCAGGAUGGAGCGGGCAGCAGUGCAGCAAAGCAGCCUUCUAAGGCGGAUCAAGAAGCACUUGGGAAGGCGAUGAGCCGGUUGGAAAUUGCUAGCGGUGCAGGUGCGUCUAAGAAGAAGAGCGACCAGAAAAAGGCGGAGGAGAAAAAAGAGGUGGAGGUGAAGAAGAAGGUCAAAGUGGCCGCUGAAGACGUCAACUUCUUGGUUGAUGAGCUCGAUCUUACCAAGGUGAAAGCUACGGAAUUGCUCAAGGCUCACGAUGGAGAUGCCAUUCGGGCUGCGAAGGCAUAUAUUGCGCCACCAAGCAAAGCCUGA